GAUUAUUGCUUCUUUUGGUUGCGGCCGCCAUGGAUGCGGUUAUCAGGUGCAGGUGGCCGGAGAACCUGACCUACCCUGACGACAAUAUAAUGAAUGAGCUGAAAAGUGGUCUGAUAUUGACGCCUAAUUCGUCGGCCUACGGCUUAUUCAGUGGAACCCAUCCGUGCAGCUGGACAUCUAUCGUGACAUGCAAUAAAGAAGAUGACGUUGCGGGGAGUAGUCUCCGGGUUACACGCGUCCACAUGCCGUAUCUGGAGGAUGCCGGCGGGAAGCUGCCGGCCGAUCUUGGAAACCUGACCAAGUUGCAAGUCUUCAACGCGUCCAACAACAACCUCACCGGGCCGAUUCCCAGAUUUGCCGAGUCGCUCAGCUUUCUCUUUCUUAACGCUAACAACUUCACUUCUCUGUCACCAUGGCAGCUCUUCCACUCCAUGCCCAAUCUGUAUUCCGUUCGCCUGCAAAACAACGCCCAGCUUGCCCCGUGGGAGAUCCCUCAGAGCCUGACCAACUCUUCAAACCUCAUUGAAUUCUACGCCGCCAAUUCCAACCUAGGUGGGCACAUCCAAGCAGACUUCUUCACCCACGACAAUUUCCCAAACUUACGCAUCCUUGACCUCUCCAACAACCACUUAUCGGGCAACAUUUCUGCUCUGCACAACUUCACAGGAUCCCUUAAACUACUCUCGUUGGGCGGCAACAACCUUUCCGGAGAAAUACCCGACUUAUCUCGCCUCCAGGAAUUGAUGCGUCUGGAUGUUUCUGACAAUCAGCUUACUGGUGUUAUCCCGCCAUCGCUUGAAGCUUUGACCAAUCUUGGAUUUAUGUAUUUUUCUAAGAAUCAACUUACUGGUUCUAUCCCUCAAAACCUCACAACCACACUUUUCGGACUGGAUCUUUCUGAUAAUCAGCUUACCGGUGUUAUUCCGUUAUCCUUCGAAGCUUUGACCAAUCUUGAAUAUCUGAAUCUUUCUAAGAAUCAGCUUACGGGCUCUAUCCCUCAAAACCUUACAGGUUUGACCGCGCUAUGGAAACUGGACCUGUCUAAUAAUGAUUUUAGUGGCUCUAUCCCACAAAACCUCAAAGACUUGCCCGCACUGCAGUUUCUGGAUCUUUCUAAUAAUAAUUUUAGUGAUCCUGUCCCUCCAUUUGAUUAUUCUCGUGUGAAAGUGAUUCUAUGUGGGAAUCACUUUUUAUCAGGUGAAAUUGGGAAACCAUGUUAGGGGUGAGCACAAGAUUGAUGAUGAUAAAGCUACAAUGAUGGCCGGAUGGUGUUUGUUUUAAGGAGUUCUUAGCUUCAUCACUUUUAUCCGUUGCAUUUGUAAUAAGAAGUACUACCUCCAUCAGGGAAUUAUAUAUCUUCGGGCACGAGUCUUAAGAUAGUGUGAAAUGUGUGGUGGAGAAUUGUGCAGAGGAGAGAGAAAUGUGUAAGAAUGGUUGUGAACCAUAAAUUCUUUGCAAAAAAAGGAAAGAGGGGAUAAAUUUAAGACGGAUCGAAAAGGAAAAAAUGAAGAUAAUUCCAGGACGGAAGGAGUAUAUCUUUUUAAUGUACUUGUAUCGUGAAGAGCUAUAUCUUAUUGUGCUUCUAAU